GAUCAGCCCAGCCCUCCUCGCCGGGGAGGUUUCUGGCCUCUCCCAGCUCCCAGCGUUGUGCCAGUGCCCCUUCUGCCCCCCUGCAGUAUGGCCUCUAUUCCUCCUUCAUGGGCUGCUUCGUCUACUUCUUCCUGGGCACUGCCAAGGAUGUGACACUGGGUCCCACGGCCAUCAUGUCUCUGCUCGUCUCCUCGUACGCAUUCCACGAGCCUGUCUAUGCCAUCCUGCUCGCCUUCCUCUCUGGCUGCAUCCAGCUGGCCAUGGGGCUCCUGCACCUCGGGUUCCUUCUGGAUUUCAUUUCCUGCCCUGUCAUUAAAGGGUUCACAUCGGCUGCUUCCAUCACCAUUAGCUUCAACCAGAUCAAGAACAUCCUGGGGCUGCAGGGGAUCCCGCGGCAGUUUUUCCUGCAGGUGUAUGAGACGCUGCGGAGGAUCGGGGAGACCAGGGCUGGGGACGCUGUGCUGGGGCUGGCCUGCCUGGCCGCGCUGGCAGCGCUCCGGGCCAUGAAGAGCCGCCUGCCCCAAGCUGCCUCUGCGGAGCCGCUGGCUGCCAGGAUCAGCUGCCGGAUCGUCUGGAUCUCUGCCACAGCACGCAACGCCCUCGUCGUCCUGUUUGCUGGCCUGGUUGCUUACUCCUUCCAGGUGAUGGGCUCCCAGCCCCUCACGCUCACCGGCAGCAUCCCCCGGGGCCUCCCUGCCUUCCGGCCACCACGCUUCUCCCUGGCAGCGCCCAACGGCACCGUCCCCUUCCCGAGCAUGGUGGAGGACAUGGGGGUCGGGCUGGCCGUGGUCCCGCUCAUGGGCCUGCUGGAAACCAUCGCCAUUGCCAAGGCUUUUGCCUCGCAGAAUGGUUACAGGAUUGACCCCAACCAGGAGCUGCUGGCUCUGGGCGUUGCCAACAUCCUGGGCUCCUUCGUCUCGUCGUAUCCCAUCACGGGCAGCUUUGGCCGGACGGCGGUGAACGCGCAGUCAGGGGUCUGCACCCCCGCGGGAGGGCUCGUCACAGGUGCCCUGGUCCUGCUCUCGCUGGCCUACCUCACCUCGCUCUUCUACUACAUCCCCAAGGCAGCCCUGGCCGCCGUCAUCAUCUCGGCUGUGCUGCCCAUGUUCGACGCGGGGAUCUUCAGGACGCUCUGGAGGGUUAAGAGACUGGACCUUGUGCCCCUCUGUGUGACGUUCCUGCUCUGCUUCUGGGAGGUCCAGUAUGGAAUUGUGGCCGGGGUGCUAGUCUCAGGGAUUCUCCUGCUCUACUCCAUUGCCAGGCCCCCAAUAAAGGUGUCGGAGGGGGACGUGCUCCUCGUGCAGCCAGGGAGCAGCCUGCACUUCCCAGCCAUCGAGUGCCUCCGGGACACUGUGUGCAGCCGUGCUCUGGCAGCAGCAUCUCCACCACGCUCCGUCAUCCUGGACUGUUGCCACAUCAGCAGCAUUGAUUACACGGUGGUGGUGGGGCUGGCAGAGCUGCUGCAGGAGCUGCGCAAGCACGGCCUCUCACUGGCCUUCUGUGGCCUGAAGGACCCUGUUCUCCAAGUCCUCCUGUCCGCCGACUUAGAAGGAUUCCAGCAUUUCCCCAGCCGGGAGGAGGCAGAGUGGUGCAGAGGAGCAGAGCCGUGGGACAGCAGGACUGACCCCUUCACCAGCACCACCGAGAGCUCGGGGCUCAUCCAGUGAGUGAGGAGUCACCAUUUGGGCUGGGGUUGAAUGUCCUGUGACACCCCAGUGACAUCAACACCCUCUGCGGGAGCUGCCCGCUCCUGCCCAGCUCCUGGGAGAUGGGGAUGGACUGUCCCCAUGUCCCACACCAGGAAGGGCAGAGCAGCACCAGCCCAACCCCACACAGGCUGAGGUGAGCACUGGGACCAGGGGUCUGCUGGUCCCACACCGGCCCCCAGCCCCAUGGGGCUCUGGCACCUCACCUCCUCCACAGACCGAGGGCAGGCACUCCCUGGAAGGGAUCAGUGGGACAAAACCAUUCCCUGUCCCAGUGAUCAGUGCAAAGCUAUCCCUCCUUCACAGAGCUGCUGUCUUUUUUUAAUUCACUGUUUUAAUUCUGGACGUUUUUCAUGUUCUGAGGCACACCUCAAAGAGAGUUUCAGGGCUGCUGGCUCUGCCCUCCAGCCCGAGGGCAUGUGACCGCUCAGCAAAACAUCCGGGACUGUGCUCCUCACUGAUCCCUCGUUUGUGGGUGUUGUGCCAAGCGCUGCCCGGGGGCAGGGCUGGGCUGUCCCCCUGGGGUGCAGCCUGUUACAGCAGCCCGGCGGGGCUGGGCAGGGUCGGGAGUUGAAUUUUCCUGAGCAGCCCUCUGCUGGCACCCGGCACGGAGGGUGUAAUUAAUC